GCCUUAUGUCGGAGUUUAAUCUAUUGUCCAUAGUCCAUUUUCAUUUUCAUUUAAUCGGUCGCAAUGAUAUAAUAUAAUGCAGGCCACCUCUUUCGCUCCGAAACCCAAACGAAAAUGGGCCAAGACUAGCCAAUAUGAGAUCCGAGAACCGACCAGACGUUCAACGCGAAGUACCCGAAAUAGCGAUGUCAAUUACAAGGACGAUUCUAUACCACUGAAGGAUGUAGCGCUUCAAGAGCAACGAUUAAGAACAUCGAAAGAACUCUACAAGCGACCUGUACGGAAUAACUCCGCGAAGACUGUAGCAGUACCGCCUCCAAAUUCGAUCCGACACCUGGACAUGAACUAUAAUACUUUUAGUGGAUUUGAAGGAAAAUUCUUCCCUGAAGUUAUCGAAGGAGGUGCUAUGAAACGAGCGGUCAUGGAGGCAUUGGCCUCGCCCAAACGACCCGUAUACAACAAGAUGAGUGGUAUACAGGAGUGGAGAAAUGCUAUUGUGCUCUUCAUCAACCUCGACAGCAGCUAUCAAAAUACUUUCCAAGAAAAUUAUGCGAAAUUGAUAUGGUACGCGCAAUCCCGCCAGACAGUCGAAUCACCUGUUAUAUGUAGACUACUGCGUUCGCUGGCUCCCGGGGAUUUCACCGAUUGUGGACAUGAGAAGUGCGCAGAUCGAACCAAAGCCGAGGUGCACGUCUUCUGCAGGCCACCAGCACAGCCCUACUUUUACCUUGGUAGUGUAAACGCUGCGAGCCUUCAAGAUCGAGAGAAAUUGCCGCUCAAGUUCAUACUCAGUCUGGCGCAAGCCAAGAAUCUGAGAGAAAGCGACAUAUUCCUCGAAACACUUAAUGGCAUUUGAGAGUGAGAAGAUAUUUGCCCAACAAAGAAUUGCCAUGAGGGAUGAUGUCAUAACGAAGCGUUCUCUCUCUAGCGUAGAGGACAGAGCGACAGAGAGAGAAAGCUAAUAUUGAUCGCCCCGCUGCUUGAUCAAGCCUUGAGUGAAUGGGCUCUCUCUAAAUACUCUUCUACUCUCCCUUUCUCUCAGAGAGAGCGAGAGAGCUCACACAAAAAUUUGUGGGAAAAUCUUUAUAUUUUAAGUUUGGCCGCGCUCCAAAUAUAUAAAAUAGAAACGUG